AUGCCCGCCGCUCUCUCGUUAUCCGACACGCUCCCCCUCCCAAACAGUUCAGUUCGGAUCCCGCGCCUCGGAUUCGGCGUAUACCGGUCCUCACCGGAGGUGUGCGUGCAAUCAUGCCUCACCGCGUUGGAAGUCGGCUACCGACACAUUGACACGGCGCAAUUCUACGGCAACGAGACCCAAGUAGGCGAGGCGGUCAAGAAGUCCGGUCUCCCGCGCUCCGAGAUCUUUGUCACCACCAAGAUCCUCUCUGCGGGCGGUAGCGUGGAGAAAUCAUACCAAAAAUGUCUGGACAGCGUGGAAAAGAUUGGUGGUUCUGGCGGUUACGUCGACUUGUUCCUGAUCCACAGUCCCAAUGCGGGCAGCAAGGCACGGAAAGAAAUGUGGCUGGCUUUGGAAAAGUUGUAUGAAGAAGGCAAGGCGAAGAGUAUUGGCGUGAGCAAUUUUGGCGUGGGGCACAUUGCGGAAAUGAAGGGGUAUGCGAAGGUUUGGCCGCCGCAUGUGAAUCAGAUUGAGCUCCAUCCUUGGUGUCAACAGCGUACCAUCACCGACUACUGCAAGAAGCACGGGAUCGUCAUCGAAGCAUACUCCCCGCUCGUGCGGAACUACAAGGCCAAUGAUCCGACGUUGGUUUCGUUGGCCCAGAAAUACAACAAGUCGACCGCCCAGAUUUUGAUCCGGUAUUGUUUGCAGAAAGACUGGGUGCCGUUGCCGAAGAGUGAUAACCCGGAUCGGAUCAGGCAGAAUGCAGAUGUCUAUGGGUUUGACAUCUCAAAGGAUGAUAUGGAUACGUUAGAUGGGCUGGAUGAAGGAGAUGCGGGCGCCAUUGUUCAGGCUGUGAGCAAUGACUAG